CACUCUUCUCUUCCUGUUAAACCAAGCCUAGUUGGGUCAGGAGGCAGCUGUGACGAGCUAGAAAGAACAUUGUAGAGUACAAUAUACGAUGGGUAUUGUUGAGAAGAUCCAGCAGAUCAAAGAGGAGCUUGCAAGAACUCAGAAGAACAAAGCCACGGAGUACCAUAUCGGUCUCUUGAAGGGUAAGCUUGCUCGUUACAGACAGCAGCUGCUCGAGCCUCCACCUGGUUCUUCUUCCUCGCCAGGUCAAGGAUUUGAGGUUAGUAAAAGUGGUGAUGCCCGUGUUGUACUGAUUGGGUUCCCGUCUGUGGGUAAAUCCUCAUUCCUGUCAAAGAUUACCAACACCAAGUCGGAGGUUGCCAGCUAUGCAUUUACGACGUUGACAUCUGUUCCUGGGUUCUUGGAGUAUCAGAAUGCCCGUAUCCAAAUUGUGGAUUUGCCUGGUAUCAUCGAUGGUGCCAGUGAAGGUAAAGGUCGUGGUCGUCAAGUCAUUGCUACGGCAAAGACUGCCGACUUGGUAUUGAUGGUGCUCGAUGCGACGAAAGGUGCUAACCAAAGACAAAUCCUGGAAAGGGAAUUGGAGAGUGUUGGUAUUAGACUAAACAAGGAAAAGCCAAACAUCUAUUUCAAACAGAAGACCACAGGAGGUGUGAAAUUCAGUUACACCUCACCUCCAAAGUAUUUGAACGAGAAGAUUGUUUCAGGUAUACUGAGGGACUAUAAGAUCCACAACGCAGAUGUGCUUGUGAGGGAUGAAAACGUCACUGUGGAGGACUUUAUCGAUAUCAUCAACGAUUCGCAUAGAAGUUACAUCAAAUGUCUCUACGUAUAUAACAAGAUCGAUGCCGUGUCGUUAGAAGAAGUGGAUAGAAUCGCCAGGGAGCCAAAUACUGUCGUCAUGAGUUGUGAGAUGGACUUUGGGGUCGACGACGUUGUGGAUGAGAUUUGGUACAAGUUAGAUUUGUUGAAGCUGUACACCAAGAGAAGAGGCGUUGCUGUCAACUUUGAGGAUCCAAUGGUUGUUAGAAAUAACAGUUCCAUAGAGGACGUUUGUAACGGUAUCCAUAAGGAUUUCAAGAACAGUUUCAAGUACGCACUGGUCUGGGGUUCUUCUACAAAGCACAACCCUCAAAAGUGCGGAUUGAACCAUAUGGUUCACGAUGAAGACGUCGUUUCAAUUGUGACAAAGUGAAUAAUUUUCUAAUAACACUACACAUUUGAGUCAUAUGUACAAGUGUGGUUUCCAUGUGUAAUACUAUACCAAAAUCACUUUUUAAUGU